AUGAGUUUCUCUGGUAAAGUAGUGAUAGUCACGGGCGCCAGUUCUGGCAUCGGAGCUGCAGUUGCUGUCAUGUUCUGUAAAGAAGGCGCCAGCGUGGCUCUAGUCGCUAGGAAUGAGAAGAAAUUAAUGGACGUCUCCGUGAAAUGUUCAUUAGUCGGUGGGAAGCAUAUCAUCAUUAAAGCUGACGUCUCGAACGAUGAAGACGCCAAGAGAAUUAUUAGCGAGACCGUAACGAAAUUUGGUCAAUUAGACGUGCUCGUCAAUAACGCUGGAAUCAUUGCUUUUGGUAGCAUUCUCGAAGGAACUAUUCUUGAAACAUACGACAAAAUUAUGAAGAUCAAUCUGCGCGCCAUCGUUCACCUCACCAUGUUGGCCGCGCCGCAUCUUGUCAAAACCAAGGGGAACAUCAUUAAUAUCUCUAGUAUAGCCGGCAGUAUUGUUGUAGAUUCAUUUUUCUCUGCAUACUGUUGUUCUAAAGCCGGGUUGGAUCAUUUCACACGGAGCACAGCUGCGGAACUUGCGGCUUCUGGGGUCAGAGUAAACGCUAUAAGCCCUGGACCUGUAGUAACCGAUAUUUUUGAUAACGCUGGAUUUACACCAGAUUUAGUAUCUAAAUUACAAACUCCACUCGGAAGAGUAUCCCAAUCCGAGGAGAUCGCCGAUUUGAUUCUUUAUUUAGCUAGUGACAAAGCAAACGGUAUCACCGGUUCAAAUAUUGUCAGUGAUAAUGGCUGUAUGUUGCAUAUGCUUAAAUAA